CGUAUGUACGAAACCUUUUUCACGUGAUCUUUACGCUCUUUCAGCUCGCGUAAGUUCGUUCCACAACACGUCUCACGAACAGUGUAAUUAUAAGAUCAAAAAAUGGGAGCGUCCGCGUUACCUGUUAUUCUAUUUACAUUUCUUUGGGGUGCGGUGUUUUUUCUAGGAAUUGCUCUGCCACUCUUCGUUCCAAAAGGACCAAAUCGUGGGAUACUUCAAGUUCUGUUGAUAUUGACAGGGUUUACGUGCUGGUUAUUCUGGUUAUGUUGCUAUAUGGCACAAAUGAAUCCACUAAUUGGGCCAAAAUUAAAUCAUAUAACAGUUCUGGUUAUGGCAAAAGAAUGGGGUAAUCCUAUUGCCGAUGGAUAAAUAUGGCAUAAAAAUUAUUUACUUUUAAAUAUACAUAUAUAUAACUACUUUUUCUCGUAUAAUUUUAUUACACAGAUAUAUUAUCACAAGUGUAUUAAAAAUGCUUACAUUAAUGUAAAUUCUUCUAAGUAGAAAUAUAUAUAGAAUAUUAUACACACACACUUGUGUGUGUUUAUGUAUAUAAUUUAUGUGUAUUAUAUAAUUCAGCAAUUAUAUGGUUAACAUAAACUUAAUAUUUUAUGUACAAAAUAUCUUGUAUUGUUUAAGAAUAUAAAAGUGUAGUGACCUUAAAUUCAUCUGUUUAUGUAUACAAUGCAAUAUACUACAUUAGCAAAGAUAUAAAAAAAUCAAGUAUAUCUAUACCUUAUAAAAUCUUGAUCACAUAUAU